GGUGGUGCGGGAGGGAGGUGGCUGCGGGCCCGGCCAGGCGUUGGGAGGCGGCUCCGCCAGCAGCAGCACUUGUUGCGGGAAACGGGCGCUGGCCCGGGGAGGGGGGAGAAGGCGGAGAGGCCGCGGGGCGGGGGCCGCCCCCCGGCACGGGGCAGAGAGGCGAAGCGAGGCGGUGCCGUCGCCGCCGGCCCUCUCCUCCCCUCAGCAUCGCUCCCUGCGGGCGGCUCAGGCCGGUCCCUUGGCGAGACUCGGCUCUGUCCCUCCGCACUCGGAGCCGCGAGGGUGAGGGGAGCGUGUAGCAGCCGUAUAGGAGCCUCUGGGCCUUUCCCAGAGCGCUGGGGAGCAGAGGCGGGUGACAGGCGACGGGCGCGGGCCCUCGGGGCCUGGCUGUCGCGACAGGUAGACAGCGGAGCCGCCCAGGGUUUCUGGGAGUGUCGGAAGCGCUUCCCCCCCUCCUGUACUCGGCUCAACACCUACAAAAUUGUUGAUAUUGUUGUUGGAAAAGAUGAGAAAGGGAGAAAGAUUCCAGAAUAUCUGAUCCAUUUUAAUGGUUGGAAUAGAAGCUGGGAUAGAUGGGCAGCUGAAGAUCAUGUUCUUCGUGACACAGACGAAAACCGCAGAUUACAGCGUAAAUUGGCUCGGAAGGCUGUGGCUCGCAUGAGAAGAAAGGGAAGAAAGAAGAGACGUUGCAGGUUGCCUGGUGUUGACUCUGUGUUAAAAAGCCUUCCUGCUGAAGAAAAUGAUGAGAGCAGUGAAAACUCUAUAAGUAGUUCUUCCUCUGAUGACAGUGAUGAAGGAACAGAUGAAGAAAUAAAAAGCGAAGAAAGUGACAUAGACGAGAGGACAGAAAUGAAAGAAGAACAAGACACUCAUACAAAAAGGGACAUGGAAGAAAGAGCAAUAAGCAUAGAAAUUCCUGAAGUCUUGAAAAAGAAGCUUGAGGAAGACUGUUAUUAUAUUAAUAGAAGAAAAAGGCUUGUGAAGCUUCCUUGUCAGACAAAUAUAAUAACCAUCCUGGAGUCAUAUGUGAAACAUUUUGCUAUUAAUGCCGCUUUUUCAGCCAAUGAAAGGUCUCGGCACCAUCAGAUGACUCCACAUGCAAAUAUGAAUCUUCAUUAUGUGCCACCAGAGAAGAAUGUUGAGUUAUGUAAAGAGAUGGUGGAUGGGCUGAGAAUAACCUUUGACUUCACACUUCCAUUAAUUUUGCUCUAUCCUUAUGAACAAGCUCAAUUUAAGAAGGUGACCUCAUCAAAGUUCUUUCUUCCUAUCAAAGAAAACUCAACAAGUACUAACAGAAGUCAAGAGGAACUUUCCCCAAGUCCUCCUCUACUGAAUCCACCCACACCUCAGUCAACCGACAGCCAGCCCACCACAGGGGAGCCGGCCACGCCAAAGAGGCGGAAAGCUGAGCCUGAAAUCCUGCAGUCACUGAGACGUUCCACUCGCCACAGCUCCAACUGCGACAGGCUGUCAGAGAGCAGCGCUUCCCCACAGCCCAAGAGGCGGCAUCUUGAGACCCCGGCUUCUAUGCCAAAGCUCUUCUUGCACCUGGAAAAAAAAACCCCUGUCCAUAGCGGGUCGUCUUCACCAAUAACUUUGACUCCUAGCAAAGAAGGGAGUACGGUUUUUACUGGCUUUGAAGGUAGAAGAAACAAUGAACUGAAUGAGGUUUUGUCCUGGAAAUUGAUGCCAGAAAAUUAUCCACCAAGUGAUCAACCGCCACCUCCUUCGUACAUCUAUGGAUCUCAACAUUUGCUGCGGAUGUUUGUAAAGCUACCAGAAAUAUUGGGGAAGAUGUGCUUUCCUGACAAAAACCUAAAGGCUUUGGUAAAACACUUCGAAAUGUUUCUGAGGUUUUUAGCAGAAUACCAUGAUGAUUUCUUCCCAGAAUCUGCUUAUGUAGCUGCAUGUGAAGCCUACUACAGUACUAAAAAUCCUCGGGCAAUCUACUGAAGUUAUUAAUAAGGAUUAAAUCCUACUAUACAUAGACCAUGACAAUGCUGUUCUGCUACAUGGCUACAAGAUGAAGAUGAAAAAGGAAUUAUAACAACUUCUGGAGUUGAAGAAAUCGGAAAAUAUCUUUCAUGAUGGUUGGAUUACUUAGGAAUGGAGAACUACUUUUCAGAAAUGUGUGUAGACAGCAUUGUGAGUCACUUAGACGAUUGGAUAUAAAUCUGAUUCCAGAUGAAUGAAGAAACCUUGUUCUGACUUCUAAUGCAUAGGACUUCACAGGACUAAUAAAGAGGAAAGGAGGCAAAAGAGACAUUAGCAACAGGACAUUUUCAUGAAGAUAGAUCAUCGUGCUGUGUUUCAUUUUAGCUCAGCCUCUCCUGCCUGAGAAAUAAGACUUGACUAUACAUUUACAUGAAGAGAACAUUUAACUGGUGUCCUAUGAAUUGUUUUUCUCAUAAAUUACCCUUCAUUUUGUGGAACUGUCAUGAUAGAAAGGAUUGCUUAAUGUAAAGGUGGCUUUGCUAUUUGGCUAGCGUGACAUCUGCCUCAAGAAUGACUUUGUUGCUUGAAUGAAAGAUGUGUUGCUUACUUUGCAUUUUGCAAGGGUGAAUAUAGCCCUUUCAUGGUAAGACUGCCAGAGUUCCAAGCAGACCAUACGUUGCCGGGAAUUCAGCAUUUACCUGGCAGUAAAUGAUUUCCAGAGCCAUUAUGAAAGAACUGUUUUUCUACAAGUGGAGAAGUCAAUAAAGUCAUCGCAGUUUAACUGGCAGACACUUCUUUUCUUAAUAAAGGUCACAGUGGCUGCUGUGUAAA